UUACGGAAGUAAUUACUUGCGACACCGGUAGCAGAGAUUUAACAUCCGGUAACGACGUUCUCUCUUUCCUGUCAGCCAUUUAUGAUAAAAGAUCGAGUGACCGAUCAUCACCAACAAAAAACAAACAGAAUGCAGAACGACGCCGGUGAAUUCGUGGACCUGUACGUCCCACGUAAAUGCUCUGCAAGCAACCGAAUCAUUGGAGCCAAGGACCACGCCUCUAUCCAGAUUAACAUUGCUGAGGUUGACAAGGCAACCGGUCGCUUCAAUGGCCAGUUCAAGACCUACGCUAUCUGCGGUGCCAUCCGUAGAAUGGGUGAGGCUGACGACUCCCUCCUGAGGCUGGCUAAGACCGACAGCAUCGUGUCAAAGAACUUCUAGGUCGGGAGAUGCGCCUCUGGAAUCUCUUUGUAAAAUAAAAAAAUAAAAAGAAUUUGAAUUUG